CAUGGGAUUUGACACAUCUUUAUUUCUGUAAGAUUUAUUUACACGUUGAGUCCGACCUCUCACAGGACGUGGACAGCAUUUCAGUAACGUUAGUGGUUUUAUUGCGACAAAAGGAAUUGCUCUGUGUUACUCUGUCUAACUUGCCACGCUAUUUUGUUUUCGUAAUUGACAGACGAGGAAGUUAAUUCUACAUUUAAUGUGGUCAGUGGGUUUCAAAUAGCAUAUAAUUCACCGGAUUAACUUUUACAGCAAAUUUAACAGAUAUCACAUUAGCGGUUUGCUUGUUUGGGGGUAGACUGUGUAGCUAACGUUAGAUUACUUCAGCCAGUUAGAGCUAACAUUACUGAACCAGGAUAUUAAACGUAGCACAAAGCCAGCAGCGAAAGCACAGAUGUUGAUGAAAAAGAGAGGCCAUACGUGUUUGAUAGCGUCCAGCAUGGCCUCUUUGGCUGUGCUCAUGCUGGUGCUGUACGGCACCAUUGGCACACAGCAGCCAGGCAGCUCCGGCCUCAGAUAUGACUACCAGCUGCUGGGCAGGCCCCUGUACAAACUGGACCUGAGCUGGCCCAGGAACCCAGAGCUCUUCACCGGGGAGGUAUUUGGUGUGGCUGUCAACCAGUAUACUGGUGUGGUGUAUGUGGCACAGAGAGGUGACAAUGUUCCCAAGGUGCUGUUGUUCACCACACAUGGAGAUUUCCUCAUGUCCUGGAACACAACCACCCUGGAAAUGCCUCAUGGGAUAUUUUUAGCAGACGCUGCCUCAUUAAACCCCACUGUGUGGAUCACAGAUGUGGGGAACGGUCCAUACGGCCACUGCAUCAAACAGUACUCGCCAUCUGGGAAGCUCCUGCAGGUGCUUGGUACACCAGGGAAGGCAGGCUCUGGGUUGAACCCUCUGCAGUUCGACCAGCCUGCUGAGAUCUUCGUCCACGACUCUGGAGAGAUGUACAUCGUGGACGGUGACGGUGGGAUGAACAAUCGCCUCAUCAAGCUGUCCAAAGACCUGGAGGUGUUAUGGAUGCACGGAGAGAAAGGACAAGGCCUGGCUCAGUUCUACAUCCCCCACAGCGUGACCGUGGAUCACGCCCAGAGAGUGUGGGUGGCCGACAGGGGGAAUAAGAGGAUCCAGGUCUUUAACUCAGUCACCGGGGACUGGCUGGGGACUUGGGGGAGCUGCUUCACUGAGGAUGCACCCUACUCUGUCCGCCUGACCCCAGAUAAGAAGUACUUUGUCGUUGUCCAGCUCAACACCAACCAGAUCUCACUGCUGGAUGCCCCACCGGUGGGUCUGAUUGGCCAGUGCACAGUGAUCAGUGUGAUCCAGCUGGCUGAUGAAGUGAGGCCCCAUUUCGUAGACCUUGACCUAAAGACAGGGGCCCUGUAUGUAGCUGAGAUUGGAGCACAGCAGGCCCAGAAGUUCACCCCCUUCAAUCUGGGUGGGAGUAUCCUGUAGAGUAGAAAUGGUAUGAUGAUCAGAAACUAACUCUGCCAAUCAUAAUUGUUAAAAAUGGGCUUACGGGUUAUGUAAUUUGCAAUCAUGUGACCCAAAAAUUCACAAAACAAUUCUUUGUUAAUACGGUGAGCCUUACUAAUAAGACAAGAUAUCUAAGGUUACAAUGUCUAAGGUAUCCCUUGACAAGCCUGUCUCAUAGAAAGGACAUUUUUAUACUAGUAGUUGGCAACAGCAAAUACAUUUUAAAGAAACCUAAUGCUAUCUGGAAAACUUUUUUAAAUCAGCAAAAUAGGGAAUGGUUAUUAAUCAGAGUAUCUGAAAUGCUCACACUGAAUACAGUUUCAAAACUCCCACAAAAGGGACAAUAUAUUUCUUUUGUCUUAUAAUAUCCGCUUGUAGCAAAGAAAGCGUGAUUCUUGUUUCUGUUUGGGCAACACACAGCACUUUGAUAAAGCUUAGGGAAAGCUAGUGGUCAUGUUUUAAUGCGGUGACUUUAUGUAUGAGGCAGGAUGUUUUUUCUUUUUGAUAAGUUGACCAAAAUCUCUGUCUAUCCAAAGUGUUGUAGAAGCCCAAUCCUUGCCUUGUUUGGGACGCAGCAAACCCUGGUCUCUGGUCUCUGAGUCCUGCAUUGUAAACAAACAGAGAACCUCAUGGACUGGAAGAAACAAACUCAAUCUGUAUUGUAUACUGAUAUAAAAAUCAGACCACUUUGACCCAGCAGAUUUAAUAUCAGCAAUAUUCAAGGGUCAGAAAAAAAAGAUCAGGACAUCCCCACUUUGACGGACCCAUCUGAUGUUAGAAUGAGAAAUAUGUAACAUAGCAUUCAACAGUCACUUCAAGCUGUGCCUGGUAACUAACCCGUCCACUAAGUAUGUGCUGCUAAAAAGUUAACAAUAUUCAGAAUUCAGUACUACAAUGGAAUUCAACUGAAAGGACAUCAGUGACAGAAAAUGAUUGAAAUCCUUGCUCUGUAAGCAUUUUUGUAAAACAGAAGUAGAAAUAUCCAUGGGUCCUUUCAAUAAUUGGUUUUAGGAAAAUCCUUCCGUAAAGUUGGAAACAAAAGCAUCUCUUUUAAUUUAAUUUAUUAACGAGCACUUACAGAAAACCAGGUUUCUUCACAGUAAAUAGGUGUAUCACAUUGUUGGUUAUAGAUAGACUGUUUUCAGUAAUUGCUGAGUGUAUGAGUUUUUCCUAAAUGUUUGGUGUUAUGGGCCAUCUUUAUUUUUCUUGACUUUGCACUGCUUGAAAAGACGAGACCUUCUCAGAGGCAGAGGUGUGUUCCUUUCGUUACUGCAGACACUUUCAGCUCUGUAGAGUUAUUUGCUGGUUCAGCCUUGUUCAACUUGCCAGUUUAUUGCUAUUUUUUAUACAUUUAUAUGAUUCCACGUGUAUACAUGUGGAAAGGCUGGAACUGAAUUGUUUUGCACACAGUUUGAUCUGAGUUGUCUUUAAAUAUUAUUGGAUCAGAACGCACUUCACAAUGCAGUGUAAAAAUACAGUAUGAUUCAUUCUUUCUGAAAGCUGAGUUUACCAUUGCAGAUGUGUCUUUUUCUCCUUUAUGAAUCAUAUAAUUGUUUUGCAGAAUCCCCUGUAUUUUGAUGUUUUCAUUACAUUGAGAGAAGUAAUGUGACUCUGUUUUGCCACUAUCAGUCACUGUGCAGGUUCUGUAGGAAAGUGAUUUGUGAUUCCCCAUGGCAAUUCAGAGAGGUAGGAAGUGAUACAUGUGGCCCCUUGGUGCUGUUAGUGCAGCAGUUCUUCAGCAGAGUGAAAAGGGAUUCAUACUGUAUAGAGUUGUAGGACUUGCAGGGCAGUGCAGAACUCUGUCCAAUAAUGAGGCUACAUGGGAAUCCUGCUUUAGACCCUGGUGAAUGCACACAGUAUAUCAGACCUCCUGGAGGAGGUUUGUCAAGUGUCAGAGAAAAUUCCAGCUCGGGCCGCGAGUGAAAAACAGGAAGCUGACAUUACUAACAGGUGUGGAUUUUGAAAUGAUGUGGGCCAGGCAGGGAUGGUCUGACAAAAAGAUGCUAUUGCAUUAUGGAAGAUGUUGAAUUCAGCCUUUUUGGAGUUUGACCGACACAAGAAACUAAAACUCAAGAUAUCUUGUCCGCUGCUGGUUCAAUGAUGCCCGUUCUGUUUUGAAUCUGUGUGUUGGGAAUCCCCCAACUUUAUGGAAGUGCAAUACUAACUCACUGGAGUAGUCCUGUAAUGAUUACCUGAUUAAUGUGUCUGAUUUUAACAAUCACAAUGGACUAUUUGUGUUUUAUGUUAUUUUUUCGCUUUAAUAUAUGUUAUAUUUUAAAUCAGUAUAUCCAGGCUUUAGUUCGUCUCUGCUAAACUGGACUGAAGUCAUUUUGUAGUUUAGAAGUGUCCUCAAUGCUUUUACCACCACUUCCUUAUGAUUCCCAUAGUCUGGGAAAUUGUGUUUUCUUUAUCUACAUGGUAAUUAUCUCAACAAAGCAGACAGCAGUUUUCGCAUGAUGAAUGAAUUAUCUUAUUGUCUUCAGAUAACAAAUAAUGCUUUUGUGUUGUCGUAUUUAUUUUUAAGACAUAACCGUCUCCAUCCAUCCAUCCAUCCAUCGUCAACCGCUUAUCCUGCGUACAGGGUCGCGGGAUAACCGUCUCAUAAUAAUGAUUUAAUUUUAAUAUGAACGUCAUUUUGUGUUCAAUUCAAACUUUCUUGCAGACUCACAAGAGGGUCCUUGGCAAAAAAAGACAUUCAAGAUAAAACCACCACAAAAGGAAAAUAGUCCGUAUGUAACACCUCACCAGUAUUUUCUGAUUCUGGAUGGCGUGGGCCAUAUAUGUAAACUGUGCGUAAAAAGUGCAAUUUGUUGUGGAAAAGAGUCAUUUUUGAAAUGUGAAUGUUUUCUUCAAAUUAAAAUUAUUUAAUCAUA